CGCAAAAAUGGCCAAACAAAAUAUUUUAGUAGAAGAAAUUUUGAAUUUAAUUGAUGGUAAAGGACUUGUUGCAUUAUUUGCGCAGAAAAAAGAGCCAAGGACCAUACCAAAAAAAUAAAAAAUAUUUGGAAACCAUAAAUGGGAUGCCAAAUGACGUGUUUUAUAGUCAUUUCCGAAUGCAAAUCUCAACUUUCGAGAAAUUACAUUGUAUGCUCGAACCUUUAUGGAGUAAGCUAUCUACUGGACGUCCUCGAGGUUUGUUGAAGAAGUGUUUCUAUAUGACAAAAAGGAAACUUUGCAAUCAGAGCAGCCUUCGCGAAGUUAGUGAUCGUUUCAAUAUUGGAAUGGGAGCUUGUUACAGAGGCCUUAUUCAAUGCAUACAAAUUAUAUCUGCGCAGAAGCAGAUUAUUGCAUUUCCAACGACUGAGCUGACCCAAAAGAGGGUUAUGGAAGCUUUUGAGUCUUGCCGAUCACAUUCAUUCCCUUAUGUUUUGGGAUGUAUUCUUGGGACUCAUAUACAAAUUUUGCAGCCGACCAAGGAUGGCAUUAGUUACUACAAUCGGAAGGGAACACAUUCUGUUAUAGCUGUUGCUGAUAGCAAUAUGCGAUAUCUCGACGUUUUUAUAGGCUAUCUCGGUCGGUGUCACGACGCAGCAGUGUGGUCAGCUAGCCCAUUGAAGCGAGAAAUUGUAAAUGGUCUCAUUUCAUUUCCUCCAGAAUGUCAUUUGCUUGGUGAUGCAGCGUAUCCCUUAGAAACAUAUUUAAUGGUACCUUUUAAGGACAAUGGGUUCCUAUCUGAAGCCCAAACAACAUACAAUAACAUUUUAAGUUCGACCAGAGUAUGUGUGGAACAAGCAUUUGGUGUGCUAAAAAAAAGUUCAGAAUAUUAAGUUUUUUAGAAGUUCACGUAAUUAAAUUGGCAAAGAAUAUUAUUAUUUCUUGUAUCGUACUUCAUAACUAUAUAUUGGAAGACGAAGGAACUCCUGACGGGGUGAUUAUUGAAAACGUGCCCUACACCGAGAUCAACACACUUCCAGCUGAUGGAAACCAACGAAGCGAAGCA